UUCGUAACAACUGAUUGAUUAAUUUCUCGUAUUAUUGGUAUUACUGAGUUUAAGAUUAAGAAGUAAGCAAGUUAGUAAACAAUGCGAAUAAAAGUAAACUAAAAAAAGAAACAAAUGGCUGAGAAAGAAAUCUGUGGAUUUUUAGAUGUCAAAUAUUGUGGUAGUAAAUCUAAAGUUCAUAAAGUUAAAAAGAAAACACUGGGUCCUUGGAAAGUUUGGAAAAGACAUUGGUGUUCCUUUCAAAAGCUUAGUUCUGAACUAGGCAUUAAAGUACAUCUUGAUUAUUGCAUUGGCAAUGAUAAUAAUUCAUCAUCAAAUGAUAAAGAAAAUUUCAUAAUAAUACCAUUAAAUGCUAUUAUUUGUCGUACUCAAUCUAGAUCUAAACAAUUUGCUUUUGGUAUAUUUCCUAUUAAAGAAAGAAAACCAUUACUUUAUUUAGCUGGUAAUUCAGAAACAGAAUCACAACGUUGGAUGGCAAACAUUAGACAAUUAUUAAAACCUAGAAAACUUAAAAUUAUAACAGGAUCUUAUAAUGUUUCUAUGGUUGAUAAUUCACAUUCUAAGGCAUCAGGGUUGACAGGACUAUAUGGUGAUUUGAUAACGAAUAAAUUAGGAAUUAUGAUAAAAGAUGUUCAUUCAGGUGAAAUAAUAGAAAAUUUUGAGUGGGAAGAGUUAAAUCAAUUUCAUUUAGUCACAGCAGGACGACCAGAAGAUGUUAAAUGCAUUUGUGUAAUUCAUACAACAAAAAAUUUUCGUGCUGGAAUUGGUGAAUUACAUUUGUUUUGUUUAGAAGCUCCUAAAUUAUUGCAAGAUUUGGUAACUCAAGGUCGUGGUCCAAGACACAAACAAAUUAAUAGAAAGUUUUUAAGCUUAAGUGAAAAUGAUAUUAGAACAUUAUCUCAUGAUGAACAUUUGCAAAAUUAUUCAAUAGCAAAUAAAAAAAUGGAAUUGAAUAUAUUAAAUGAAAGAUAUGAAGAAAUAAAUUGUAAAGUAUUUAAUAAACUAACUGAGAAUGUCUAUCAAUCAGAACCAUAUAAUUAUUAUCAUAUUAAAAAAUUUUCUGAUAUUUCUUUAACUUCUGGAAUUUAUGAAGAAAUAUCUGAUGAAUCUAAUAAAAAUACAGCAGCUACUUCAAAUUUCUAUAUAGAGCAUUUUUUUUACAAUCAUUCAUCAGAAGAACCCCCACCUUUGCCUCCAAGACAAAGAUGUGCUUCAGAGUCUAUGAAAGAAAGCAGGUUGCCAGAUGUUCGAGUUUCUGGACCCAAUAGUUUAUCUUUAACAUCUCAUAGAAAUUCUAUACAAAUUGAAAGAAAUAAUUUAAAAUUUCAAAGAAUAAUGGAUGAAUCUAAUUAUGUUCCUAUGUCACCUCGAUUAAAAGAUAUUACAUUAUUAAAAAUGCAAGCAACAAUGCAAGAAAAUGAUUAUGUUAUUAUGCAAUAAACAGGAUAUCAAAUGCAGUUCAGUGAGAAAUCUAUUGAUUGAUAUGAUCUAUUUUUCUAAUAUUUUCUUUUUUAAAUACACAUACAUUUAUAUUGAAAGAAAUAAUAUUAUAAAAGCUAAUACAUGAUUGAACUUAAUUUGUUUCUAUGCAGAGAAGAGCUUAAUUCAAAAACUAGUUUAAGCAUUAUUGAAAAUUAUUUGUACAAAAUUUCAUAUAUACUUUAUUCAAAAUUAUAAAUUUGUACAUAUGCGAGGCUUCCGUUUUCAGAAUUGUAUUGGAGCGCAUAUUGCAGCUUACCUUUAUUGCUUAUAUUUCAAAUAUGGCAGAAUUUUUUUUUUUCUUAAUAUUUUUUUAAUAUUCACACAUACGCGCAUGUGCGCGUACAUCCACAUGCAUACAUAAUCAUAAUUAAAAUUCCUAGAUUUUAUAUUUUUUUAAAUUAAUCUAUAAUUGAUAAUCUGUAUUUUGAACCUAAGCCGUGAUUUGUAAAAAUAUCAA